AUGGAAAAACUUCAACAAAAGCCGAAAAAACGGGUGAAUUUAUUAUUUCAAAACUCCCCCUUAAAAGAAGCAGGAAAAGAAUCUGAGCCCAGAAAACUUUCUUCGAAUGUCUUCUCUUCCAUUUCGAAGCAUAUUUUCUUGUUCAUUCAACUGCAAACACCAUCUGAGUUGAAUCAAAAUAAACUAUUCUAA